GUCUGCUGCCUCAGAGACCUUGAUAGAUGUCCUGUUGGCUCAUGCUACUGGGAGCAAAAGUGUGAAAUGGUACAUGAUCCGUGCCGGUUGUUGCUGAUGAAAGAGAACUGUCUUGCUGGGGAUGGAUGCAUUUGGAAACACGACAGGACCAUUCUCAGACAAGGAUGGUGCCGAACAGGCGAGCUGGUGAAAAUGCUGCCGGAGAUACAGGGAGUAGUUGCUAAGUAUCCUGAUCUAUUUGAAGAGCUGACAGGGGUUGUUGAGAAGGAGGUCGUCCACGCGAUAGAGAUUAUCCCAGGGUCUGGUAUCCCAAAAGGUAGGAUCUAUCGGAUGUCUCCAGGCGAGCUCGAUGAGCUUCGCCGACAACUCAAGGAACUCGUAGAGAAGGGUUGGAUUCGGCCGAUUGUUCCUCCUUAUGGGUCUCCAGUCCUAUUUGUACCCAAGAAGAAGGAAGGAACACUUAGGAUGUGCAUUGACUAUAUGGGCCUCAAUGCCAUCAUUGUCAAGAACAGAGAGCCCCUACCACGCAUCGAUGACUUGCUAGAUAGAGUGCAAGGGUGUCGGUAUUUCAGUAAGAUAGAUCUGAAGUCCGGGUACCAUCAGAUUGCAAUCCAGCCUGAGGAUCAACACAAAACCGCUUUUCAGACCAGGUACGGUUUGUACGAGUUUGUGGUGAUGCCUUUCGGCCUUUGCAAUGCUCCUGACACCUUUCAGCACGCUAUGAAUCGGAUAUUUCAUGACUACAUGGAUAAGUUUGAAAUCGUGUACCUCGAUGACAUACUUAUUUUUAGUAAGACCGUCGAGGAGCACGUUGCGCACUUGGAUAAAGUCCCGAGUCUUCUGCGACAGCACAAGUUCAAGAUCAACGGUGAGAAGUGUGAGUUUGGCCGCACCCGUGUCUUGUACUUGGGUCAUGAGAUUUCCGCGGAGGGAUUAAAGCCCGAUGACGCGAAGGUGGCCAGCAUUCGUGAUUGGCCGCGUCCUCAGUCUGUGACUGAGAUGAGGUCUUUCCUAGGGAUAACCGGCUACUAUCGCAACUUCGUGAAGAAUUAUAGCAUAGUUGUCGCCCCUUUGACUGACCUGACACACCUUGACACCCCAUGGGAGUGGACAGACAGAUGUGAGGCUGCUUUUAGACAUCUGAAGCAUGCGUUGACGCAUCAUGAGGUCUUGAAACUUCCUGAUCCUAACAAGCCAUUUAUAGUAACUAUGGAUGCUAGCCAGUUUGGCAUAGGCGCCGUGCUUGCACAGCAGGAGGGGAAGAAGUUGAGGCCAGUGGAGUACACGUCCAAGAAAAUGCCGUCUCAGAAGUUGGCCAAGUCCACCUAUGAGAAGGAACUCUAUGCGAUCUACAAGGCGCACCCAUUGGAGGCACUACCUCCUUGGGAGAUUGUCAGUAACACCACCGCUAUUGAGACCAUGACUAGAUUGGUGGUGAUAGAGGAGGUGGCCAGGGGGGAAGAAAGAAAGGAACCCAAAGAGAAGUUUAUGAAGGAUGCAAUAAAGAGCACAAGGGUGACGCCGGAGAAACCCAGGAGUUCUAAGAAAGAACAUAAGAAACCAGCGGAGAAGAAAGUGGAACCCACGAAGGAACCGGCCAAAGAAGUGGAGAAGCUGAAAAGAAAGGAAAAGGUCAAAAUUAAAUUACCUUUUACUUACAAUGGAAAGAGGGGCGAGCAUUUAUUGCUCUGGAUCGCUAAGAUCCAGACCUAUUGUGGGACUGCACCAGUAGAGCCAGAAAGCCAAGUGGCUUUCACGACGGCUUGUCUUUGUGAGACAGCCAAGGAAUGGGUACUGUCCGAGGCCAACGCUGCCGGCUUCGAGGAUAUAGGUGAGUGGGCAAAAACAUUGACCCUCCGGGAAUUUCUCCAAAAGAUCGAGGAGAGAUUCCUAGACAAGACUGCGACCAACAAGGCCUUCGAUGAACUCACCACUAUAGGCCAAAAGCGUUGGACCUCUGCUGGUACAUUGUCACAUGAGGUUGAUCGUUUGUUACAGGUACCAGGACUGAACCUGCAGGACAAUCAAGUCCUCUACAUCUUCUCGCGUGCUCUGCAUGAACCCAUCCGAGGUCAUCUCGUGGCUGAAGCCAAGUCCGGUAAGUACAACUAUCGACAACGCCAUGAUCUCGCGCUCCAAAGGGAGCAAAUGACAACUCAUGUAAAAGGAACUUAUGCUUCUGUCGUGAAGUUUGGUACGGUAGGUGGGUAUGGCAAAAGGGUUCUGUGGCGGCAAAAGCGCCAGGACCAUAUGCUUGUUGUUUUUGAUGAUGACACCGUGGAGAAGUUACCCCACGACGAGUCUGAGGGAGGAGAGCAGCAGCCACAGGUGGAGGUGGUGAUGAAGGUAGAAGGCGAACARCCUUCAGCCUCCACUCCCCCUUCUCCACCUCUGACUGCUACUCAGCGGUUGAAGGAGUUAGAAGAGCAACUGCGGCAGCAACAGGCCAGACUGGCAGAAGUGGAACAGCAGGAGGCUGCUGAGCUAGAGGCUGCAACARAUCAUUCCAGAAGAGAAUAUCUGUUGCAGCAGCUAGAAAGGUCGCUCGCUGAUGAUCGUUGCUCCCAGGUCACCAAACACAUGGCAGCGAUGAUCCUGUUGGAGCACAAGAUCACCAACUCCCAGUUCACAAACUGGGAUGAUCGUUUUGUGCGGCUGGAGCGUCGGGUUGACGAGCUGUCAGCUCAGCAGACCAAGAUCCUGAAGUCUAUUCAGGGCUUGACUGCUCAGCUGGCAGCCGCCAAGCUGACCACUCCUCAGACCCCUCUGCUGCAGCCCAAAUCUUCUCCUCAUUCUUCACCCCCUUCCUCUCCUCAUCCAUCUCAUGCCGGCUCUGUACAUUCUUCUCGGUCAUCCACCCCUUCCCAAAAGGCCUCAGCAAAGGCCACCUAUGCUGUUGUUACUGCGGGAGACCAGAGAGGUCCCAAGAUCACUGCUCCCAACAAGUUUAGGGGUGACCCCAAGACCGAUGUUGGGGACUGGGCUGCUGGGACCCGAGCCUACUUGAGGGGCUUCGCCUGUGCAGAACAGACCAACGUGGCGACUGUUCUGGGACUGCUGGAGGGACCCGCACUGAAGUGGGCCACCUCAACUUCCAGCAGUCUGCAGCAGUCCAUGGAGGACUGGGCUUUUGGGUUGGGGGUGGACAGACUUCUGCAGGCCCUGGAGGAGCGGUUUGCAGACAAGGAACGGGCCCGCAAGGCUGCUGGCAGGAUUGCUCGCCUGGGACAGCAGCGGUACAGCGGGACCUUGCAGGCCUUGUUUCUUGAGUUUGAGCAACUCACCUCCACCCCUGAGUUGGUCAUGAGCCCUGAUGAUUUGCUGACCAACUUCUUCAGGGCAGCGCCUGAGAAGUUUGUUGUUGCUCUUUACAACGCUGGGCACAAGGACUGGAGGUCCUUUGGCCGUGCAGCCCUGGAAAUGGAGGCUAAGCUCCAUGUCCAAGCCCCAUCCUCUGACAGGAGGAAAGGUGCCUUCCCUCGAGGUGGUAGAAAGGGAAAGGCAACCUUCACUCAUGCAGGGUCUGCCUCAGGAUCAGAUUCAGAUUCCCAGGCCGAUACACCUUCAGCUGGGACUCGAUCUGCUGCUGAGACAGAUGUUGCAGCAGCCGUGACUCAGGCUGUUUUGGGAGCCCUGCAGCUGCAAAAAAGUUUUCUCCGACCACAGCCUCAGCCAGUGCCAAGGGGAAGGAAAAGGGACACAAAUGCUCCCUCUGUUUCCUAUCCUCCUGAGAUACAACAGGUGGUAGAUCAGUAUGCUGAUCUGAUGCAGGAGCCCUUUGGGUUACCCAACUGGCCAACCAAGCAUCACAUCGAGCUGCUGCCUGGAGCGGUCCCUCCCAAGGGCCGCAUCUACAGGAUGUCCUCUGUUGAGCUUGAGGAGCUCAGAAAGCAGCUUGAGGAGCUCAGAAAGCAGCUUGAGACCCUGACCAGCAAGGACUGGAUCAGACCCAGCACAUCUGAAUUUGGUGCACUUGUUCUCUUUGUACCUAAAGGGAACGGCGAAUUCAAAAUGUGCAUUGACUACAUGGGUCUCAACAAGAUCACUAGGAAGAGCACUGAGCCGCUUCCUAGGAUCGAUCACCUCGUGGACAUGGUGCAGGGCUGCACAGUGUUCAGCAAAGUCAACCUCAAAUCUGGCUACCACCAGAUUGAGAUGGCAGAGGGGGAUGUCUAUAAGACAGCCUUCAAGACCGGGCACUUCAAGAUCUUUUCAGAUCACUCCACCCUACAAUGGAUGAAGUCCCAGGGAGAGUUGAACAAUAAGCUGGUACAGUAUAUUCAGUUCAUUGACAUGUUUGACUUUGAACUGAAGCAUAAGAAGGGUUGUGACAACAAGGUAGCAGAUGCCCUCUCUCGUAGGCCUGACUCUUUUGCGCUGAUCUCCUCUACUCACUCCUUUGGAGAGGAGACUCGUCAGACCAUUGCUCAUCUACUGCCUCAGGACGAGACUUUCGGACCCAUUGUCAGGAAUCUGCAAGCAAAUCCUAAUUCUGAACCAGGCUAUGUUCUGAGUUCAGAUCUACUGUACACUUGCAGCAGAGGUGAGGAGCGUUUGUGCAUUCCCCAGGACCAGCGGCUCAAGACACUGCUGAUGUCAGAGUGUCAUGAUGCCCGUGGACACUUCGGGUUCCUAAAGUCUUAUGCAGCCCUGUCGCAGCGCUUCUUCUGGAAGGAGAUGCGGAGUGAGAUGCUCCGUUAUGUGGACACCUGUGAGCUCUGCCAAAGGAAUAAGGUCCACCGUAGACCUCAUUUGGGACUGCUCAAACCCUUACCCAUACCUGAUGGCCCUGCUGAAUCUUUGUCGAUAGACUUCACAGAUUUAGGCAAGACCACCCCUCGUGGCAUGCGUCAGGUUAUGGUCUGCGUGGAGGUGCUGCUGCACGAAGUGUUGCAGGAGUCAAUGCCCCCAGAUCUGCGCGUCUUGCUGUUCCAAGGAAGGAACCUGGCUAACUUUUUGCGCGACUUUCAGGAUUUUUGCCUUAUAAAGAAGUGGAAUAGGAAGGCGAUAUUGUACAUGUUCCCCUUGUUCGUUUGUGAAGGACUAAGUGAGGAGGUAUAUGCCCUCAAGCAGAAGGCGAAGACGUGGGAUGAGUUGGAGAGUUCCUUAAGGCUAAAAUUCCCAGAGUAUGGAAUAGAAGGCCAAUGUGGAGAAUGCUCUGUGAAACCAGUUGUGGGUGCCCCAUCGCAGGCAGAGUUGAGUGGAUUGCAGAGACAAGUGGGAGCAUUGGAAGAGAGGUUAGCACGGCUGGAGGAGGCCAAGAGAGGCAAGCGGAAGGUUUCAGAAGAUUCCCCAAGUGAGCUGGAUGACCAGAGAGAAAGAGGAGUGGAGGAGGAUGACCAAGAGUCGCCCCUCUCGAUAGGAGCCCCAAAGAGACGAGUCGGUGCUCAGGCGAAAAACAAAGGCGAAGGAUUCGUUGAAAUAAAGGAGGAGCAGGAUGCUAAUAUGGCCCUGCCUGUUAUUGCGCCGGAUCCAAAGAGGAGGCUCACUAACAGGGAAACAUCCUCAGCUGCAGGUCAGGAGAGGCAAAAGAAUGGGUGGUGGCCAGAGCACUGGGUAAAAGGGGUAUUUGAUUGUUGGGGAAAUACUGGCCGUACCCCUCAAGGAAGCGAGGAAAAGGGUGUGACGGGAGAAAAAGGGGAACUUGAACCUUCCAAGUUGACAAAGGCACAGCAAGGAACCUCGCUCAGGGCGGUCAAGGUACCGAAAAAGGGCAGAGCUCGCGGCAGGUGGCAAUUACCCCGCGAGAGUUGGAAGGACGACCUCGACGGCGGCGACGACGGCGACAGUGUGAAUGCGGUAGGUCUUGGCACGCGGGGAGGCGCGAGUGGCAGCCGUGGUACAGCUUGGUCACGAGUGCACGGGGAGUCCCAGCUAUGGCGCCAGGUAAGUCCCCUUCAUCGCAGGGACUCCCACAGGUCGCUUCUGUCAUUCCUCUCCAUGGAUCCCCCUUCUGUCCGCCAUAGUGACGAUGGGUGGGAAGAUUCCUUGGUUGUGAUGACGCUCCUCGUCGUGCAAAUCCUGCAAGAGAGGAAUGUUGCCGCCAUGAUGGUGUUGCAAGCAGCAGCCGCAUUGCCUCUGAGUAUACCAGGUGUGGGAGACAACAUCGCCCUCAUAGCAGGAGGUUUGUUGCACAACCAUAUCAUGCAGUGCGCGGCAUUGAAGACGCUCCAUCGAACGGCGGAAAGGAGACGUGCGUUGUGGGUGUUGGAACGGAACGGAGGUGUGUGGUCGGAUCUGCAAAAGGAGGGGGAACAGUAUGACAGAGUUUCAAGGAGGUUAUGUCGUCUUCCACCUGCAAUGUUCCUCGAGGUCCUUGAUCGCAUAGGACCACACAUCCAAAGGCAGGACACGAACUGGAGGCGUUCAUUGCCAGCAGCAUUGAAGUUUGCGUGUGCACUGGGUCGGUGGGCUAUGGGGACGUACUACAGGCAGUACGGGCACUCACUUGGUGUGGGUUUGGCGAGUGCGCAGCGAAGCAAUAUCGACGUCGCGGAGGCACUCAUCAAGGAAUAUGGCCACGUCAUCGCCUGGCCUGAAGGUAGACGGUUGCAGGAAACCCUUGAUGCUUUCGAGCGGAAAGGGUUUCCAGGGUGUGUGGGCGUCAUCGACUGCACCCAUCGCUACAUAGAGAAGCCGAAGGGUGCGAGAGUUGAGUGUUUCUACGAUAGGACAGGCGGGCACUCCAUCGUCGCUCAGGUUUGUUGUGAUCACGAGGGCAGAAUCUUGAACGUGUUUGUGGGCUGUCCUGGCGCUGUGCACGACGCUCGUGUGCUGCGCCUGUCGCCCAUGUACAACAACGUGCAAGAAGGGAGGGUGAUUUUCCACAGCGGGGCGUGUACGUUGCGCGACGGCGGCGAGGUCGGGUACUACCUUUUGGGUGAUGCGGGGUAUCCUCUACUCCCAUGGAUCAUGACCCUGGUUGGAGGUAGCGAGAGGACGACACUCCAACGACAGUAUGAUGACUUCCACACAGCAGCGCGCUCUAUCAUCGAGCGAUGCUUCGGGAGAUUGAAGGGAGUGUGGCGCAACUUCAUCAAGCGUCACAUCUGCAACCUGAAGACCCUGACCAAAGAAUUCAUGGCCGUUUGUAUCCUGCAUAACCUCAUGAUCGAUGCACAUGUCGUCAUCUAUCGAAGUUUGCUGACUGCGGAAUCUGACAGUGAGGAAGAGAACGACGGUGUCGGGCGACCUAGGCGGCAGUGGAGACGACGACGCAUCAACAGGCGAGACGAGGUGCACAACCGCGAGGAAGGAUGGGGGUGGGAUGACGCGUCGCUCGCUCACUCCACAGAUGCCAGCAAAGCAAUCAGGGAUAGAUUGAUUGCUCAUGUACACCACCAUGCAAGAGUGCGUGGUGCUCCGCCAUCCAAUCCGUGGGGUGUUUGAUGUCGUGUCUAUCAUCAGCUUUCCGAUAAAGGGUUUAUGAUAUA